AUGUCAGAUUCAUAUUUGAAUAUUGCUGAGGCAUCUGAACAGUACUUUGAGUCAACUCCCGUAAAAGAUUGGUCAUAUCUUGGAUAUCUCGAAGUUAUGCAGCCUUACUUCAACGAUUCUAAACUAAAGUCACUAAAAUCGGUAUGGAAGAGGCGAUUUAAUAAGCAAUUGAAGGGAAUAAUAAAAAACAUGGAUGAGGAGAGGAGCGGAGCUGCAUUAAAUCUAAUAAAUCAGAAAAAUUCAGAGGUCGUCGAAUUUUGGGACCUUUUUGAGAAGAGGAGAUCAAUAAGACGGCAACAGAAACGUCAGAGUGAUAACUAUCUUGAGAGAGGAAAAUCAAAAUCAAUUAAAACUAGCAUUGAACAGUUGGAUGAACAAAAGGAUGAUAACGAAGCAGGACCGUCAAGUGGAAAAUGUAGUCAAAAUGAGGAAAGUAAAUGGUGCUUAUCUUCGAAAAGAAAUGUGGAAGAUGUUCUCUAUACGUAUGCAACAAAAUUAAAAAUUGAGAAACUGGUACAUUCCUUUAUCAUCGACACAACAGAUGGUAAUAUUAAGAAUUUAUUUAGCGAAGCUGAGUGGAAAGAAAUUAUGAACGUUAAUAAGAAAACUGUACUGGCCAUUGACAAGGAUAUUGGAACGCAUUUGAUGAGUUACAAAAAUAAAACCCCCUCAGAAAUGCGAGCACAUAUUAUGAAACUGUGGUUAAAUACGACAUAUAACAUAGAAAAUCAUUUUGAUUUUCAAUACAUUCAUAUGUACGCAGUCAAUAUUUGGGGUAUAUUAAUUGAUAAAGCAUUCUUAAAUGUUCCAGAUAUAGAUCUUGUCCGUGGCGAGAUGUGUAGCGUUACAUCAAGCAACCAAAGAAAUGAUGAUGAGAUGUACAUG